AUGUCGACGAAAACCUCUCCCACUUCAACGAAAUAUAAAAUUAAUUUUCAAGUCGGAGCCCGGCUCGAAGCAAUGGAUUACACGUUAAGUUGGUGAGUAGUAUUACUUUCAUGCACGGAGAGAUUUACUUGCUUCUGACUCGUGUUUUUGGUAGGAAUGUUCCUAAAAACUGCGCGCGUAACUCAAAUUUUGUUUGUUUGCAUGCUUGGCUGAUUUCAGCCUGUUCUUAAAAAUUUUCGUGAUAAAUCGAUUUCUGGCGGUGACAUUUCAAAACUUGGCCGGAAUACUCCGUGGUUUUCCUCCUCUUAUCUCUGCCACGGUACGUAUUCAGUUUGACGAAGUGCUUUUCGGGGAAAGAUUGAAAAAGUGUCGUUUCGAAGUUUGCUUUAAUUUUAGUGCCGAUAAUGAUGUCACCACAUCAAGUUGAAAUUAUAGCGAAUUUUUUCCUCUUUUGGUUCAAUUUUUUUACGAGAUAAAAAUUGAUAUUUUACUCGCAUUUUCCUUUGUACUUUUGUAGAAAUCGAAAGAAACUAUAAUCUUGAACGUCUGUUACUUAAAGCUUUUCAAUUACAAAUAUACUUACCUACGUACGUAAAGAAAUAUUUACUUCUGGUACAAAACAAUACUUUUGGUAUAGUUCGUUAUAUUUAUGAGGUAUUCUUCAAUAUUGUUACUUCUUACACCAGGAAAUAUAUACAACAAGAGGUUAAAGUCGAGCAAAAAUGGUAAACCUGGGUGGAUUUUAAAUAAAACCUUAGCACAGAUGAACAAGUGCAGUAUUUUCAUUAGCUAUAAAUUGUAAUAAUUAGUUUCUGUAUUUUCAUGGAGUAGAUUACAACAUGUGAUCAAUGCAAACACAUUGAGCAUCUGUGUUAAUAUUGUAAUACAUGAAGAGGCUGAAAGGGAUCUGCCUUAGGCUGGCAACUCUCUCAUUGUGAUAAAUUAUCAAUGCUUGAUGAUAUUCUCAGUAGCACAAGCUAAGAGCUUUUGCAAGUGCUUGAAAGCCUUCUUCAAGUAGCAUUUAAUCUCCAAAUGUCCCUUUGAAACAUUUACCUCUUUGUUUUGCUAGCCAAAAUGUCUCAAUCACAAUCAUUCAAAUUUGAGAAAUCCCUGCAUGCAUUUGAUGUACAUCACAGUUUUCUGACAACUUCUUAAAUCUCUCAAGCUGUUAGCAAGAGCAAAAAUAUGCACUUACAGUUGAACUCCAAUAACUUAAACCAUUGGUAAUUCAAAUUCGCGCUAACUUGAGGCAAAACUGAUUUUCCUUGGAUUUGCCUCAUAUAUUUACUAUAAUUUUAACCCCUUUAACUCAAAACCCUGAUAGCUAGAAAUCCCGCCAACUCAAAAGCACUCUAACUUUAAGUCAUUUUUACUGCUCUUCGGGUACCUUUCUUUGCAAUUUAACCCUUGAUAACUUGAAGUUGAUUUUCACUUUUGAAGACUAAUGAGCCAGAAAAUUUUGCACAGUGGAUUACAUUUAAUCUCAGUUAUAUAUUAUGACAAACUAACCUUUGUCAAUAUCGCAUGUUUGCAUGUCCAUAAACAAAUAGUUAUGACAGUUCUCCCCAGCAAAGAGAAAUAACUGCUCAUAGUCUGGAAUUGAUUAGGUGUUUCUGGUAUUUUUGUUCAAAACCCCAAUAACUCAAAGUAAUUUCAAUUUCUCUUGACAAUUUGAGUUACUGGGAUUCAACUGUUUGCACUUGUAUUUCAUGUUAGGUAAUUAAAAGAUUCCAUGUUAACUUGCAUCAAUUCAGUAAUAGAUCACUGAUGAGGUCAAAUGUGGUAAGAACAAAAACAUGGCACUCAAAGUGUGGCAGAGUUUGUCACUGAUGUUCUUACAACAUUUUGAUAACUUCAGUGAUUUAUUACUAUACAAACACAUGGUAACAUGGAUUCUUUUCAUCUUUUAUGAUAAAAAAGUUAAAUUUUGUUGAUGGUGAUGUCAUCUUUGCAUCCGUUCUCCAACAGAUCAUAGGUAACAACUGAUCUAAAUGCUUGUAUAAUUCAGCUUAUUAUUUAAUAUUGUAUGUAAAGGAUGAAUGUUUUGUAAAACUCAUCCAAAGCUGGCUAGGAAGUCCAACUUGAUACACAUUAUUUAUGCAGAGAAAUACUAGACCUGUGGAGUGUAAGCCUUGGGAUUAACACUUUGUCGAAGUAGCUGAUGCAAUAUUAAAUUUUUAUACACAGAACUGCCUCUGUUUUAGUGAACUGUUAUUAUGCUAUGCUAUAAACUGAUAAAAAAUUGUUUGCCACUUUGGUAUGAAAUGUAUUUUAACUGAAAAUAAUCGUUAUUCAUGGGAGAAAGAACCGAUAUUUUUUCUUUGGAAAGAAAAUACUCCAAACGCGAUUGUCAUUGGUGGGAUAUAUAAAUGAAAUGGUUAAAUGCAAAGGUAGCUACCAUGUAUAUAGAGAUUACUACAUUAUUCAAGGAUCAUUUUCAUUUCAGGAAUUUUGUAUCAGACCUUACUCAGUUAUUUGGCUGGCCUUGGGCAACCAUACCCUUUAGUUCUGUUUUCAAAGCAAAAAAUUGAUUACAGAGUUUUUUUCCUUUAAAGUUUAUUAUAUUUUACAUUUGUCAAUAUCUUUUAGGUAUUCUGCUAAAAUAUGCCGUGUUGAUGAAAAAGAUAAGAAGGUACUGAUUCAUUUUGAGGGCUGGAAUCAUCGUUAUGAUGAAUGGAUUGCAUUUGACAGUGAACGUUUGAGGCCACACGGACGGCAACACCUUUUUCAGGACUCUAAAGAAGAAAAGGUUUGACAAGCCCAACUUAUUUUGGUCAACUAAGCUUAAAAAGGGACUACAUUGUACUAGUGCAGUAGAUUAUUGACUAUUUUUGGUUAAUGCUCAAGCAACAGUAACACAGAAUAACUUUAAAUCUGUUCUCUUUGUUGUAUAAUUCUGUUACAAUAGCCUAUUUGAAAUCUUUAGAGUGGGUUUCACUUAAAUUUUGCUGAUUUUUCCAGAGGCAUGAAAUAGAUAAAUGCACAGAAUAAUGAUAGGCAGAAAAUUGUGGUAUUAAAAUGUGUCAGAACAAUGGAUUUUGGCAGGUACCUUGCCUUUAUCAUGUCAUUGUUGAUGCAUGAAUUAAAAUGCAACUGUGUGAGCAUACAUGCCAAUCUUGCCUAAAAAUUUCUUUUUUGACUAACAUUAUGCUUUAAUUUCCUAUCAAUGCUCCUGAUUUCUAUCCUCAAUUCCACAUUCCACCUAUGAAGAGAAAAAAAAUAACUCUCAAAGAUUUGCUCACUGAAUUAUCUUCUAAGUGAAUCACCAUGAUCUUCGGCUUCUCACUGUACAUGUAAUUUUCCUUUUUGGGGCUAUGCUCUUCAAUAUUUUGUUUGUAUUGAAUACACAUCUACUGUUCAUAGAGCUAAGAUGGAAGAACAGGUGCUGAACUUUGUUCUGGUUGUGCUACUUAUUUUUGUUUGUUCUUAGUAAUACUCCUUGGUCUUCUUUCCUAUUUUCAAAAUGUUUAAGUCUCAAAAAUUUGUGAUCUUUUCUUUCUGGAAUUUAUUUUAAGCUAAGUUCAACUGAACAACAGCAAAGUUGUGUUUAUGCUUCAUCCAUAUUGAUUAAAUAUUGCAGCUGUUUCUGUCUUUCACCUGUGCUUAACUUGUGCUAAUUGCAUCUUCCUCAAAGGGUUGUCUCAGUGAAAUUAAUCUAAAUAAAAAGUAAAACUCUCUUUUCCCUAGUGCUCUUAAAAAAAGGGCCAGAGUCAUUGAAUUCAGUUGCCUCAUUGGAUGGUGCUCUGACUGCAAAUUAAUUUGAUAGCAUCAUUAGUCAAACAGAUGUCACAAGACAUUACAUUUAGCAUCCAAUACAGAGUCUUCCAUUUCCAAUGUAUUAUUACUAAAAUGGGAUUGUGCUGCUUGAAGUUGGAUAUCAAACUUCAUAUGUGCACUUUUUUAGGGUUUGUUCCUUCAUUAAAAUGAUGUUUACCCACCAUUUGGUGGUCUUUACUUUCUGCCUUGACAAUUCCUAAUAUUCAAUAUUAAUUCCUUCUUUACAUAACCCUUUUUUAAUUCUGUUGCUUAAAUCCCUUUCAUUCAUUCAUUAUGCAGAUGUUUUUGGGUGAUAUUCCCUGUUCCAUUAUUAAUAGAUUGUGUGUUGUGUGCAAGUUUAUGUACACACUUGGUUAAAUCUAAACUAUAUUUCUCUUGCUUUCUUUGUGCUAUGGCCCUCUUCCCUCGUACCUUGCGAUGAACAGGAAGUUUGCGACUAUCAGGUCAACCAGAUGAGUCUAUUUUGCUAUUUUUAUCUUGUAAAAAUACCACCUUAUGUUGUGAAGUAAGAUAAUAAUUUUUUUAAUUAAACUGUGUUGUUCAUGUAUGUAAAUCAAGAUCUAAUUUUUCUGUGAGCUUUUAACAGCAAGCUGAUGUUGCAAUGAGAUUGUCUGAAAUCGCUUUGAAACUGAUAAAAUUCCUCCAGCAGCAGUGUUUGCAAAAUAUGUCCUAAUGUUCACCAUUUAACUUCAGUUUUUCAGUUGUUUAAACCAAAAACCAAACAUAGUGUCAGUCUUCACUCCCUUUACUUCAUACAGUGUACAUAUCACAUGAUGAAGGUGUAGCUUCAUUUGAUGCUAAUCCAAACUUCAACAGCUUUUCAUUUUGACAGCAGAAUUUGUAUAAUUUUCAAAUUUGUAUUCCUCUUCCCACAAUACCUUGUUCAGUUAGUGGUACAGCACUAACCACUUUCAUAUCUGAUUUUAGAUUUCUUUAACCAUCUCUGCAUCUCUGCACUGAAUGUUUUUGCAUCUGUUUGUGAAACACAGCUCCACAUCACUGUGGUUAUAUUGAAGUCAAAUUAUUUUCAAUUGCAUGCAGAAGGCAUAAGUAUGAUUUAAAAUUGGAAAAACUGAAAUUGUUUUUUUUUUCAUGGCUUUCCUCUAAAUUUCUUUGGCAAAGUUAGAAUGACGUACCUUUUGACGAGUCGUGUUUUAUACUCCAUUGUAAACUCUUUCCCUGUAUUCCAUUCAUAAUUUUCAAACUUUGGAAUCAAUAUUUAGGAUCAAGAAUGAUUUAUUGAUGAGCAAACAUAGCUAGGAAACAUUAUCCAACAAGAUAUGUGCAAUGUGGAUGUGAAACAUAAACACUUCCUUUAGUGGGUGUUAAUAAUCCAAAAUCUAAUUUCAAUCAUUUUUCAUCUGGUUUCAUGACCUGUUAAAGAACAAAAAUUUCACUCCUUUCUUCAACUUUGCCUCACUACUUUGAAGCAGAACUCAUGUAUGCAUAUAUUCUCUGGUUUUCAAUUCAUUUUAUAAUACUCCACAGGAUAUUUGUAAUCACUUUAAUACAGAGCUCUUUCCUUCUACAAUCAUGACAAAGCUGAUCUUGCUGUUGUUUGUCUUUUCUAUAAUACUUUUCUUAUCUUUGCUGUGCUAUCCCUUUGUUUGUUUUUUUUUUUCGAUGACCUAGAAUUCAACAGUCUUUUGAAAUUCUCAGUGGAAAAAAAAAAACUUAAAUUUUUAUUAUUUCUUUUACACUGUGUUGAAAUCAUUUUGUACAUUAUACAGCAUGGACUAAAGUUGAGUUUCAUGAUUUAACUGUUUACACCCCAAGAGUGAUAAGCAUCUAAUUUCUCCUUACAAUAUCACCCCUGAAUCACACAUGAAGUUCACAAGAAUAAAGAAAAUGAUCACCAACUAAAGAAGUUCUUGAUCAUUAAACAAAUUCUCCUAAUCAGCUUCUUAGUAAAUGUAUAGAGAACAGUAUGGAGAAUAUGCAUACUGAUGUUAGGGUGUAAAGGGUUAAAUAAGCAGUUUUUGGGUAAGGAUGAAAGGCAGGAUUCCUCAGCUUCAGUGCUUUUUAGAUUCACCCUUGUCUGGUCUGUCACACAACAUGAAUACAGAAGCAGCCUAAAAAUAUUAGCUACAAAUCCCAUGUAGAUAUUCUUUGCCCAGAGUGUGUAGACACUGCAUGUAGAGUGAGUGUACACUAUAAUCUAUGCAACCUUUGCUCUGCAGGCAAGUUAUCUCAGAUAGUACUGAAGGGCUGAUACAGAUAGGGCUCUAUUUCACUGUGCAGCCUCCUAAACUUAAAAGUUUGUUUGGAUUGAAAUCUUCCCCCUGUAUUAGAACCUAUUGAGGAAAUAGAUUUCAAAUAAUUAUCUCACUAACCUCGUUUUCUUGGCCUGUACUUUAAGUUACAGAACCUGGUUUUUUCAGCUUGGAUUAUGGCUGUAGUGCAAAAUCCAAGCAGAAACAAACUUGGUCUGUAACUUACAGCACAGACCUUGAACUCAAUUAGUAAGAGGUGUGUAUGCUGCAAUCCUUUUGGCUGGUAUUGUCUGGAUGGAAUUUCCUGCAUUCACACCCUUAGUAAGCUAACCACCCUCUCUUUUGUGCUGAUAUGGGGUAGGAAAAUCAUUAAUGAUGAAUAAUUUGUGGUUUCUUUGUGUGUGCAGGAUUGGAAAACUGGUGAUCGAGUAUUAGCAAAGUGGCAGGAUUGUAAAUUCUACCCGGCAAAAAUCGCCAAGUGCCUUAGUGAAGGUAAAACAUCUGUAAAUUAGUAAUAAUGUUCCAAGUGAAUACCAGGUCUGGAAAACUUACUUGAUUUGUGUGAAUCAUUAGCUGUAAGUAGGGAGGUACAUGAGUCCAAUGAAUCCUUCUGACCAGUAGAACCCUUUUGCUCCCAAGAUUUCAUAAGUAAUUCUCCUUACUGUCUGCCAUAGAAUUCUUAUGAUGUUAGUUGGGAGAAUUUGGUAUUGGAUCAAGGAAUUAUUUCAUUGAUUGAUAUUUUCUAUAUUCUCGUUACUUGUCUGUUUGAUGUUGUAUUCAUAUCGUAAGGAGAGAUUCUGUCUUGGUCACUCCUACAUGUAGGAGUUAGAUGGCGAACAUGAUGCUUCAUGCACUCAUCCAUCUUGGGCUUUAAUCUAUGUUUAACAAAAAGAGAGAAAAAAAUCAAAACAUGAUAGUUUAUGUAAUUUUGUAUAGCAGUUACAAACCCAUAAUAUUAUUUAUAUGACUUCAUAUAUUCUUAACCAUCCAUAAUAUUAUUGUUAGGGAUGAUAUCCUCUUGGGAUUAGAGUGGGCAUGUGAAAAUUCACUAAAUGAUUAUUUUUUAUCAAGGACAAUCAUUUGAAAUCAAAGUAGAGAAUGAGAAAUCCGAACCAAUUUUAACUUUUGAUAUUUAUACAAUGUCAACUAGGCAGGUAGUGAAGAAAAAAAUAACUAGUACCAAGAGGAUGUUGUCUUGACGUAAUUUCAAAUUCCUAGCAGUAAUUAAAAUACACUCUUGCACAAAGAAAUUCAUAGAAAUUAAGAGAAUUUGUUCACAGAUAUUGGUAGUAAGGACUACAUUUGCUGCUUGUUUUAAAUAAGUGUUAUAAGUUGAGACAGUGAGUGUCUGCCUUCGUGAAAGUUCAACAGGUAUCACCUGUGAAUUUAACCAGUAUUACCAGUUAUCUCUAACAAACACAGUAAAAAUCAAACAAUGCACUCUACAUAUUUUUGCUUUAGUUUCCAAACUGGUAAUCAAGCUUGUGUUUCAGAGUGAUGAAUUGACAUGUAAACAUGUGUGUUCCACUUUACAUUGCUAUUAAUUCAGUUGAGGGGAUUCCCUUCUUUGUUAAAUUUGUGAAGCUUUAAACUUGUUGGAAAAAUGUUUUCAAAACCAAACAGCUGUAGCAGCAAUUUUGUUUGAUUUUUACUGCUCUACCGCAUAAUCUUUGAGCAAAAGAAUGUAACACAAUUGUCCAUGAUGUAUCAAUGAUGUCAGUCUGUACUGAAGGCAGAUAAUCAAUUUAGCAAGCUGUAUGCAUGAAUGAAAUUAAUUGAGCUCCUUGCACUUUAGGUUCAUAUGAAGUUCAUUUUUAUGAUGGAUUCAAGAAGGUGGUCCACAGAGUAAAUAUCAAACCAGAUAAUAGGGUGAGUGCUUUUGAAGAUCAUUUAUAACCAGUUACCAAGUUUGUUUUGUUUCUAAAAGUUUUGGAGAGAUAAUGGCCAAGUAGUUUGUACUCCUGUGUUUGUUAUGAAGAGCUCUAAGUUCAAGCCCAGGGGGAGGGGGGAAGGGGUAGCUGUGUUGUGUUCUUGGGCCAGACACUUAACUCCAAUAGAGUCUCUUUCCACUUAGGACUACACUUAUGUGACAGCAAAUUGGCAGGGAAGCAUCAAAAAAAGUUGGGUGGGGGGAGCUGUGGUGUGAUGUUGUGUGGGGUGGUGUAUGAAGGGCUUAUAUGCAAUCAUUUUAUCCAGGGGGUGUAGCAAUGCUCCGAGUUGCUUCAUGUUUGGGAAACAGGGAUAAGUAUGCAUUGUGUGGAACACAAUGCUUCAGAGUAUAAUUUGUCUUACCUUGUGCCCUAACAAUUUAAGAAUACACCAAUGUUAUGAUGAAUGCAUGUGUCUAUGUUGAUUAUUUUGUACUGAACAGUGAUUUUAUCGCAAAAAAAUAUUUUUGCCAGCAAUUUGCUUGGGUCUUGGUUGAAGUAUUGACAGCAUGACUUUUCUUUUUUUUUUCUAAAUACUUUGUAAUAAACUAGUGAUUUUUCCCCUCCCUUUGCAGAAGAUCAACAUGAGUUCCAAUGACAAGCAGGAGCAUGAAAAGGAAAUUCAAGAAAGGAGAGAAAGGCGGCAGCUGAUGGCAUCUGCUAGAGCUGAACGAGCUCGUAAGAGGAGUUCAGAGACCAGUCCCACAACAGUUAUUCCAGUGAAGAGAAAAGAUUACAGAGGAAGAAAGGGGAAAAUGCAUGAGUAAGGGAUUAUUGGCUGUUUGGGAAGCUAACUUUCUUUGUUCUUUAAAGCACUCUGUGCUACAACCUUUAAUUCUCUUCUGUGGAACAUUCGUAUUUGCAGGAAGGAUGACUUUGGCACAGCAAGUGAAUCCAGUGUAUCAAGUCCAGCUGAAAUGCCUGAAGUUGAUGAGCAAACAGUGGAUUCUCAAAAACAGUAAGUGUCAAGUUCAUUACAGACUCUAUGUUGUAGGUACACUGAUCAUAGUAAUUUGUUUAGGUUGGAUUAAAAGCCUCAUAUGCUAAGAUUGAAGCAAAAAGUUAUAGCAUUUCUUGGCAUUAAAAUGUGUUUGCUAAUGAGGCUGGAGUUUUGGGUCUGUGAAGGUUUGCUUCGUGUGGAGUAAAGACAGUAUGAGCUUACUGACACUAGGCAAGGGGACAGUGUUGUGAAUUGAUCAGGAACACUUACAUGUACUCCCAAAUUACACCUACUUUCAGUUGUCUUUUUGAUUCACCACCAUUCAAGAAAACAUUGUAAUUAAAAGAUUAAAACAAAACUUUUAACCCUUAAAGUUCUAAGAGUGACUGGUAUCCAAUUUCUUCUUACAAUAUCAACCCUGACUCAAACAUUAAAUUAUGAGAAAUAUGAGAAAUCAUCACCCCCAAGGAAGCUCUUGAUUUUUAAACAAAUUCUCCUUGUCAGCACCUUAGAAAAUGUAUAGAGAACAGUAUGGAGAAUAUGCAUACUGAUACAAGGGUGUUAAGGGUUGAAGUGGUCCUCUUAUAUCACUUUACCUAAAGAACUGUCAAGGGUUUUUAGUUAGAAGCUUCUUACAUCAUUAAUUGUGGCAUCCUACUGCUAAAUAUUCAUCAGUUUUUUUUUCUUCAAUUAUUUGAGGGACAAGAAAAGUAAAGAGAUUGAAGCUGAUGUGGAUUCAUUCAUCAAAAAUGAAGAGCCUUCAGAUAGAAAAGAAAGACAUGUUGAUAUGCAUCAAUUGACAGAAAAAGAGGAUUUACUGGAGGGUAAUUUUACUCAAUUGGUGAAGCAUAAAACGCCUGUGGAGAAAAUACCACAUCAAAAAACAUCCACAGUGGGUAUAAGGAAGCAGAGAAGAUUCAUGGAUAAAAAGAAUGCGCUCAAAACAAAUGAUGAACUGAAAAAGAAUCGGGAAGAUAAACAUCAGUCCACUAAUGAAACUGAAAAUGAUGACAGGAAGGUUUUCUUUGAUGCAAAGGAACAUUCCACAAUAUCAUCAGCAUCAUUACACUAUUCAAGUGCACAUGAGACUUUGGAGAAUGAUCCUCAAGAUUAUCAUGAACACAGAAAAAAGCAAGAGAGUAGUUGCAGCAAUGAUAGAGACAGUUUGAGUUUUAAAGAUGAAAGUAUAGAACAACAACAGGUGGACUAUGUGUCAGAAAAUAAGGACAAAACUGCUACAGAAAACUCUUCAAAUAUCAGCGAUGAGGGUGUUGAAUUUGAGCAACAAAGUAAUCUCCCUCCACAAGAAGAAAAUGAAAAUAGUUAUGGUAGAAAUAUCCAAGACCCCAACACGGAGACAUCUCCAGAGAAAAAUGAUUCUUCAACUACAUUUGAAACUUCUUUGAGAACAGAGACAAGUACUUCAAUAGUGACUUCUAAACCAGGCAAUUCAACUUCUAAACUAAAAACUUCAAAAGGUCCCAAAAUUAAAAGAACACUUUCACGAGCUGAACGUCUGUCAAGAACACGCAAAGCCAAAAGUGGCAUGUCAUUUAAAACAAGUUUAUCUUUAAAAGUUAGUCCUUCAACCAAACAACAAUUUACCCCGAGGGCUGCCUCACCCCCCAAGUUAGAUGCCCAGGAGGUUAAUUUGCCCCCUAAGGUGGCUCCCCCCAAAACUGGCACCAAAACUAGCGCUAAGAGUGAGAAAACUGUACAACGGAGGAGGAGUUUUAAGGGGAGUAGAUCAUCUUCAAUAAGUCCUAGAGGAUACGGAUACUCCAUGGCAUUUAUGGACAUUGAGAAGCCUUUACUACCUGAUGCAAAACCAGAGGAGAAGACAGAGAUUCCUACGACAGAAAAUGAAUUAACUAUCGUGACAAUUCCUACAGAAAGUCUAACUUCUACUCCAACCACUCCAACGAGCCCAACAGCAUCAACUGCAGCAAAUGAAAACCAAGUUGCUCCCAAGAAACAGACAUAUCAGGCUAAGAAGUUUCGGUUGGACCAGAUCACUGGAAAGCUGUCAGCACAACGGCAGAGCGAAGCCCAAGCUGCAGCUCAUUCACCAUCUGCCUUUCAACUCGCGAAACAUCACUCUUCACCUCCACCCCCCUCUGCACUGAGCCCGUCACCUCCUGCUAAUCCACCACCCUACCCCAGAGAGUCAUAUCCACCUCCUCCAGGACCCCCUCCCCUUAUUUACUCACCCAUGCCAGGGUCAUGUUGUCCCCCUCCUCACCAUCAGCAUCUGUAUGGACCACACCCAGGUCAUGGGAUGCAUCUCCCUCCUGGUCACAUGCAUCCUCACCCGGAGUAUCCUCCUCCGUCAUCAGGGUACAUGCUGUAUGCUCAUGGGAUGCACUAUCCUCCACAUGGACCUUGCAUCGGUCAGUGUAAGUAGUCAUUUGAUUACCUCCACUUGAUAAAGAUCUGCAAAAAUGAACAGAACUUUUCACUCUUUCUCGAUCUCAUUUCGACUUUAAGCCAAAAAAGCACUCUGUCAAGCAUUACGCCUAAAGUUAAAAUAAAACAUGUCUGAUUUUUCAAAUGAGAUUUCUCUUUUAAAAUGUUACCAGAUCAUGUUUAAUUUAAGUCAAGUUAAACUGGGAAGGCUGGAUUUAGAGGGAAAAUGACAUCAGUUAGCUGUUAGUUUAACAGUAGAAUGUGUGACCUCAGCUCGUUUUAUGUGCAGACUUUAGUGCUUUUAAGAGUUACCAUUCUGCAUAUUAAAUCAACUGUUCAUACGUUGAAAAUUUGAAAUGGUUUAUAAAUGACACCUCUUCCUUUCUUGAUCCAGCUCUUCUAACUCGACUGAAACACUAUCUGUUAGCUCUAAUACUUUGGUUGAGGCAUUUUGGCCAGAAUUAACACCAGAAGCAAUAGAGAACAAGAAGGAAUUUUUUCAUUGUAGUGAGACUUAAAUGACAGCUAUUUGUUUUCGUUGCACAGGUUCUUGUUCUGCUGGGGUGCGACAACCUGUGUACCCUCCACUCCCCCAUGGGGCACCUCCUCCUCCCCCUCCUCCUAGCCAUGAGAGUGCACUAGCACAGCUGAUGCAAUGUGAGCAGAGGAUUCUUCGUGGUGGACCAGGAAUGCCUCAUUUUAGAGAACAAGCCCCUCCUGGAGCAUGGGUAGGUCUUAGACAUGGGCCCCCAACAUCACAGAGCUUCUUACCAGUGAGCCAUCACCAUGAGGACCAUUGGCAUGCACAUGAUGGUAAGUACUUGUUGUGCUUUUGUUUGUGAGCAGCAGCUAAGAGCACUGAAGAUAGACACAACCACUGUCAUUCAGGGAUGACAAAGGAUUUUGCUGAUUGAUAAUGCAAGGGAAGCCUCUCAGCUCAUCGCACACUAAAAGAGCUUACAGAAUACUAAAAUAACCAGUUUUGUCUCCCCUGCUUCUCAUGUAUCAAAUUAACAAAUAGAUGCCAAGUUGCUGUGCGCCUGUUCAGUAAUACAUCACAGAUGACGUCAAAAUGUGGUAAGAACAAAAAAGUGGCACACGAGGCGCAGCCGAGUGUGUCACUGAUGUUCUUACCACAUUUUGACGUCCUCUGUGAUGUAUUACUGAACAGGCGCACGGCAACUUGGAAUAUAAUUGUUUUAUAUAAUAAAGAAUUAAAAAAGGUUUUGAUGAUGACUUCAUCUAUACGUCUGUCCUCCAAUAGAUCAUAAGUGAGAACCAAUCAGAAUGCGUGCAUAGCUGAGCUUAUUAUAUAAUAAUUACCAAGAAUUUUAUUUUUUGGAAAUCUUAGAUCGUAGUCUUCAGGUUCCUCAAAGUCCCCAAGUUCCUACUGUUCCAGCCAGCGUCAGUCCUACUCCAGAAAACUCAAAGCACCAAAACAGACGCUCCCGCAAAAGUGAAAGGCCCCUUCCAACCAAAUCGUUGCCUGCAUCAAGUGUGGAGGCGCCAUCAGCAGCCAAAUCAGAAGUAGAAAAUGCUUCCAGUGCAGAACAGAGCACUGUCCAAAGGAGUGGAGAGGGUGGGGAAAGUACUGCUCCAAAAUCUACCAUUUCAGAAACUAAUUCCAACGGGGGGUCUAAAGAUGGAACAGAGAACAGUGAAAAACCUUUUGCACCAGCAAGUCAGUUGACGUCUAUGUCAAAUCUGAAAGCAUCAACCACAGCAACACCAACAAGUGCCACUGCUAUGUCUGUAGUACAGACAACUGGAAUAUCAGGGGUGCCUCAUGAUCUGAGCCCAGAUGGUUUACAAGCUCUACUUCCUGGCAGGGUAAGAUAUUCAUACCCUGUAGCAAUCUUCUUAAUGAAAGUCACUAUCAAUGUCCUCACAGAUGCCUUUUGGUCAAAGAACAACACUGAUGUUAUCCAAAGGAUAACAUUUUGUCAAACAUGAUAAAAAUACAUGUAGUUCCAAAAUUUAGGAGAUUCUUUUUAAAGAAAAGAUAUGCAAUUUAAGUUUAAAACUACUACUGAUGAUUGGAGCAUGAAGUUUACAGUUAUGCAGGGAUCGUCAGGGCGUGAAAUUACGCCUAAUACAGGCGCCAUUACGACUAAAUUUUUCACUUUGGCGACCAAAUCCUGAAAAUUAUUCGCCAAUUGGCGACUAGAAUGUUUCAUCAUAACCUCACCUAGCGAUAUAGUGAAUUAAAAAGAUUUGCUAAGAUAAUUCCUCAGCAAACUUCCUUGUGAAGUUUGUUUCCAAAACGCAGCACAUGCGUCUCGAUCGAUACGUAGACGCCAUCGUGGAUUUAGGUGAGCAUGAACGUUGCAUAUCAUCCAUCCCAGUGUCCACUUUGUAGCACGUUAAAGAUCUUUUCCCUUACUUAAUUUCUAGAACGAUGACAGCGUAAAAAAAGGUCUUGUUUGUCUUCGAAAAUGGUGACCAACUUUUUUUUUAAUUGGCUACCACUUUGAAGAAUCUAGGAGCCAAGUGACUAUCAGAAAAAAAAAUUAAUUUCACGCCCUGAUAGUAAACAAAACAUUUUCUCUAAAGUAUUGAUGAUUGUGAUAAUCAAAGUAAAGAAACAUAAUUUUAAGGAAAUCUGCCAGUGGAUGCACAACAACAGGAAGAAAAGUCUUUCUUUUGAGUGUAUUUGUUUUUCUGCUUAAAUGUAGAUGAUGUAGGUGAAGAAACUAAUGGAAAAAAUUCUAUUUAUUUCAGAUGCGCAAGUCUAAAGAUCUGGGUAUGAGUAGUCUGAAGUUUUACAUCAAAUUUUGCACGUCACAUUUUUUUUUUCUUUUUUUUUUCUUUUUUUUUGGGUGGUUUUGUUUUAUUAAAAUCUUGCCUUUGAUUUCAGCACCCAAGGAACUGAUAAUUGAAAUGGACCAUAAUAAAUACAAAUGCCAAAUAUCUGGGUGUGAUAAGUCAUUCCGUAAAGAAAGUGGCUUGGAAUAUCACAUUAAAUACUACCAUAAUCAAAAGGACAAAACUGGAAUUAAGAGGAAAAAGUCAGGUAGCGAUUACUAAGUCCACAUCUAUUUUAAUAAUUUAAUUUAAAAAAUGGAAGAAAAGAGGCAUUAAAACAGUUUAUGUCUGCACCAGAGCCAAGUGGCUCAUUCAGGCGAAGAUUAUCUCAGUUUCUAUAGCAUAAAUGGACGAUAAGUAUUUUCACUCCCCUCCUGGGGGGUUUGCUAGCCAUCGCAGCCCCCCCCUCCCCCAUGAUGUCUUGUCUAGUCCCUCUGAGAAUUAGCAAGGUACCCAUUUAUACUCCUGGGUAAAGAGAGGCAUGAGGAGAGUAAAGUGUCUUGUCCAAGAACACACCACAAUGACCUGGCUAGAUCUCGAAUCCAAGUCUCUUUUUUUUUUUUUUAAGAAUUAAAAUGCUUUUUAAGCGCAUCAUGAUGACCAAUUUUAUUGCUUUUUUUUUCUUAUUGGUUAGUCUCCGUCAGGUCGGACUCCGCCUCUGAUACUUCCCCUGAGUUUGUCAGCCAGCAUCGCCCGCACAAGCGUCGCAUUCACAGGUCUUCAGCCCCAGCCACACUUUCAUCUGGCAGCUCUCAGAUAACCAGUCCAAGUAGUGUGGUCCCAGCGCCGACUAUAAAACCUGAACCACUGGAGCAGGAGUUAUCGAAUGUGGUGAUGUCCACUGCUAUGGACUCUGAACCUUCUGUCAGUCAGGAACUAGACCUGGAGAUUGAGGGGGGUGGAGUAGAUACGGAGAAUAUUGACCCAGGGACAAUGGAAUGCAUGGAGGUGGAAGAGGAGGAAGACAUCAAUGGAGAUGUGAUAAGAUGUGUGUGUAAUGAGUCCGAGGAAGGCGGCUUCAUGAUACAGGUGAUCUUUUUGUCAAAUCUCACCCUGGUGUAUUUUGUGAAGGAAGCUCUCAGGGGUGGGGAGGGUUCUGGGGAGGCAUUUAAGGCAUCUCUCCUCUCCCACCCCUCCCCCCAUUAACAGCCAAAUGGCUGAGCAGUUUUUCCCCUUACACUUCCAUUGUGAAGAGAGGGAGGGAAGGGGGAUAGGCCUUUAAAGCCCAUCGAGUUAAGUUCUCUCUUCUUUCCAAAUCUCUAUUGGCCACUUUUCCUCUCCUCUCCUUUAAACAUCCAGACAACGUUUCUAUUCCCUUUACUCAUAGGAGGAACAGGCUUCCUUUCCCCUGAUUUAGACCGUUUUCUUUUGUUUUAAUUUGUCUAUCUUUUGUCGUUGGUACUGUAGUGUGAGCAGUGUCUAACAUGGCAGCACAGUGAGUGUGUGGGUCUCAGUGAACAAACUGUUCCGCCAAAUUACGUCUGCUAUGUGUGCACCAAACCAACAGGUAAGAGUUGUUUGUUCAAAUUCGUUGUAAGAAAAAGGGAGUACUCGUGGACUUCAAACAAAUGCUGAGUGAAAUACAAUUGUUAUUUAUUUAUUUUCUUUCUCAUGGCUUUCUUUCAGGGUUAAGGAAAAGCGCAAAAUACAAGGUACCACUGUCAUCAUUUCUCUAGAGUGCUUGUUUCUCCUACGACUAGUGUUGUUAAUAGCAACAACCUCUGAUAUUGUGAACAAAUUUUACACACGCUGCCGGAGCUUUUCUCCAGUUUCUUUGUCCCACAACAAGCCUAUUGCAAGAAGCCCCCUACCCCCUACCCCCUACCCCUUUCUUCUCGCGGAAUUUUAUUAAGGUUCGCCAGUAACCAUUCUUUUCUCCUGGGUGAAGAGAGGCAUGGGGAGAGUGGUAAAGUCUCUUUACCCGGUCAGGGCUCGAACCCAGACCCACCGCGUCUUCGAUUGACUGAUGCUACCUUCACGUCAGUAAUCCUUUCUGUCACUUCUCUUGCAGAACGAUUUUGAUUGGUUCAGACGAGGUACCUUGGCAUGCAUGCCUUUUUCAUCAGUCUCAGAGCCUGAAUACUCAGCAGAGUUCAACCUCGCCACUCACGGCGUGAUGAGUGACAUACAUGAUGUGAACCGCUCCCUACGCAGUUUGAAGCUGAAAUUCGAACUCCUCGGGUAAGUACUAACAGCCUCAGUAAAUCUCCGGAGAAGUCGUAAAUGAUCUAGAGCAAUUUUCAGUUAGGUUUCCAAAGUACUGCAGGCCUGCAAUGGUUUUGAUUUAUUGCACUCUUCGUGACUUUUUCGAUUAUAUACAAUCCUGAUAAAUUUUUGCAAAGGGUUUUUAAAGAUUUCGUCAACUUUGUACUUAUUUUCAUUUUUGAUUCUAGGAAACCGUCUCAUCCUGAUUUGAAAUGCUGGCGACAACCGCGAGGGAGUAGUUUAACAACAAACGUGGACGAAACGGAAUAUAAAGAAAAAACUGUUGAGGAUUGUUGCGUAACAAACGUGAACGAGCAAGGAGAAAAAACGGUUUGCACUGAAAAUAAAAGCAUUCUUGUGGUAAAUGGUCACGUAGAGCAUGAGGAUCAUUCUCAGAACGGGCUGCCGAAAGUGAAAGAAGAACGUUCCUCCACCCCAUCCCGUCCUGAGGAGGGCCCUGGUGACACCAAUAACAAUAUACAAGAUAAAAGCGUGCCCUUGUUGAGCACAGGGUCAGUUUUAAUGUCAUCACUUUCCAGCUCGUCAGGAACAGGGGCAAGUGAUGUGAGUGGAAGUACUGAAUCGCGCACCGAUGGAAGCGAAGGACAAUUAGGUGUGAUAAAGAAGGAGGAAGAUCCGCAGUCUCCUAUCCCGGCUUUAGUUCCUGCCGGUGGACAGACAGUGUUUAUGAAAAGUGCGUCAUUACCUGAGCAGGGGAAAUCUGAAGAGGAAUCUGUCAGUAAAUCAGAAAAUGUGCAACUUGCGGUAAAGCCCGAAAAUGACACGGAAGGGACUGGGAAAUCAGCAGAACUGAAGCCCCAUGGGGGGUCAUCUAGGGUUGAUCAGGCUGAGGUAAAGACAUCCCCCGGUGAGAGCAACCCCAAGGUAGGAUCCGAAUCACAGGUUAAACAGGAGAACGAGUCAAGAAAUUCAGCCAGUGCAGCGGGGGCUCGAGAGAGUGAGAUCAAGACAGAAAAUCAGGAAUCUGGGCAGAGUUUGUCAGAUGAUGAGAGCGUGGGAGCUAUCAACAAUCUGCUGGAUGAUAUCACGCAGAUACAGGAUGAUUUGGAAGGACGUAUGGAUCAGAUUGAACAACAGUUAGCAGGUGAGCCGUGAGACUUAUCUCUGAUUGAACGCUCUCGAAUCUUUUCCAAAAGCUUUCAGAUACCAAAUUGCGCGUGACCACGCAUGUGCGAUCUCGCGGGAUAACGCGUGCACAACAAUCGCGUGCCCACUCGCUAACGACGGGGCGAGAAAACUUGUAACUGAGAGGUGCAGGACUGCGUGAGGCUUUUAAAUUAUUUUAUUUCGGUUCAAGCACAUUGUGUGUCUCCAAACCCACUAGACAAGUUUUUUUUUUUUUACAUCCUGGGUUAAAGCUGCCCUCAAUUUUACACUCGGGCCAUGUUUGUGCGAAAUCCAAGUUUUUAAUACUCUGUUGCUUUCAAGAUGAGGACUGGUGCAAUGAACAUAGCAGCCAAACGUUUAUACGGCUUGGUUGCGUGUUUUCAGGCUUCAGAAAUCAGGUUGUCUUUCGAGAGUCAUCACAAGCACAUAGCAUAAUGCCUCACGAAAACAACCGUACAACUAUUUAGACUAAACUCAUAGUAAAACAGUAAAUCAAAAGGAUACACGUAAUCAAAUAUUCUAUGAGUUCGAAAAUUCUGGAGUUGAAUUUUCCUUGCUUUUCUUUCCUUUACUAUUUGUUAUGAAAAUAUCAAUGUCUCUCGCAUAUUUCGCGUGAUAGCGGUUGUUAUGUUUUCCUUGAAAAUUAUUUUCUGGAAAUUGGCGCGGCAGCCAAAAUUGUCCCCCUUGCGCAUGCCCGACGUUUGACCAGUGUGCUGCUGCAAAACUUUUCUUUUCAAAAUGAGUUUUUAUUCGUGCGAGAGCUAAAUAAUUUUUUUCAUAUCAAGGGCUUAACAUGUAACCUAGUUUGAAAACGGAAGCGUAAUACAUCGUAAGGAAUGGCUUCGAUGCAUUUGUAUCUCAGUAACGUGUUUCUCUCCUUGUCACUUGUAGUUCUUGAAGAGGCUUAUGGUACACCUGCCCAGCCUGGUAGAAAAACAGACUUCAGAAACCUUGUCAGGAACCUCAAUCGCGUCAGGUGCCUUUUACAACAAGUCAGCUAGUAACCUCACAGCGAUAGUAUCUGACUUAUAACAUCCGGGCUAUUCGUACCCGGCAAAUGCCGCUGACGCACGGUAGGAAUCAUUUCUGUUCUGCGCUGGGCGCCGUCCUCGAUAAAGCUUCCUUUCGGUAAAAGUGUACGACCCGUGUGAUCUGUAGGGUAGCCAUGUUGCUAAAUAGGCUAUUUUUGUACGGCAAAUACGCAAUACUCGCUCUAUGGUAUGAUUCUCUUCUACAGAGUUUUAUUGAAAGCAUUGGUUAUAUGAUAUACUUAGAAUCGGAAAUUGUUCGGAGAUUUUUUGAGAACAACGCGUGUCUCUUCAAAUCUAUUGGCAGUCGUUUAGACACACGUCGUCUUGUUUGAUCUUAAUUUGAGUCUUUAAAUAGUUAAACGACUUAAAUAGACUGUAUGUAAGCUUGUUAUUGUGGCUUGUAAAUUGAUUACUAGUUUCCUGUCUUAGAAAUACUUCCUCUUUCAUUCAUGCGUAAUAUGAUUAACUCUCCUUCCUGUUCGGUAUUUUUUUUCCCCUGUGGGUUUAGAAAUAUGUGAAAAUCAAAUACAAGGUAAUGAUUGUGGUGUACAGAAAAUUUUGAGAUGACCUAAGCUUCACAAAUGAAUAGGAACAAAUGGACACGGGUCUCUUGUAAAAAUACGAUGU